CCAUUCAAAAUGCUUCCCAGAGUAGUGAUCGUGAUGGCUCUUGGCAUCCUCCAACUCAGCAGCGCCCAGGAAUGCUUCAGCAAACAGCAAGUGGCCAACACCAUCCGACAGGUGCAGAAACUGCUGUCUGCGCAUGAAGCCGCCCAGCUCCAGAGCCUGCGCAACUUCAAGAAGCAGCUGACCGUCCUGCAAAGCAGCGUCCUCAAGCAAGGGACCAAACAGAACGAGAGCUGUCCCCUCCCGCCUGUUCCUGCAAAUGGCCGGCGUUUGGGCAAGAAGACAACCAUUGGCCAUGAGGUACAUUUUGUCUGCGACUUGGGAUUCCAAAUGACGGGCUCCGAAACGCAGCUCUGUUUGGAGAACCGGACAUGGAGUGGAACGGCGCCAUCUUGCAAGAACAUCAACGAUUGUGCCAGCAAUCCCUGUGCCAACGGAGGCACCUGUGUGGACGGCAUCCAUCAAUACCUUUGCCAGUGUCCCAGCGGCUGGUCAGGCAACACCUGCCAAAUCCCUCUUUAUUCUUACACGGCAACGGUUAGCAACGCCUCCUUUAGCCGCCAGCCUCGUUGUGCCGAUAGUCUUUCGGGGUCACGCCAAUGCAGCUGCGACACAGGCUUCCAGAUGCGGGCAGGAGGCAUGUGCCAAGAUGUGGACGAGUGCCAGCUUUUCCAGUCCAGCCGGCACACCCGCAUCUGCCUCCACGAAUGCGUGAACCUGCCGGGGUCCUACCAAUGCACCUGCCCCAAAGGCUACCGCUUCCAGGCCGAACAGAACACCUGCAAUGAUGUGGACGAAUGCGCCGAAAACCAGCACAACUGCAGCCGUGGACAGACCUGCGUCAAUGUCUUUGGGGGUUUCCGAUGCGUCCGGCCCGAGUGUCCCAAGACCUUUCUCAACACGACCUACGUCAAGACCUCACCCUUGCAGUGUGAGCGCAGCCCUUGCCCCAUGGAGAGCCGUGCCUGCCGGAAAGCGGCCCACUCGGUCUCCUUCCACUACCUGUCGCUGCCCUCCAACCGCAGCGUGCCCAGGGUCCUCUUCAAGAUGUCCGCCAGCCGCUUUGUGGGGGACAGCCUCCGCUUCGGCAUCCUGGGGGGCAAUGGCCACGGGAGGCUGGUGGUCCAGCGCUCGGACCAGCACACCGGGGAGCUGGUGCUGACCCGGCCGGUGGUGGGGCCGGCCACACUAGAGGCCGAGCUGGAAAUGAGCGAGUUCGCCCGGAAGGACCUCUUGGGCAAGCACGUCUUCAAGGUCACUGUCUUCGUGUCCCAGUAUGAAUUCUGAGGCUCUUCCUUCCUGGAGGCAUCUCGGCCUGGAGAGACAUUGCGGGCCACAUCUGAAGACAGCCUUGGAAAAUUAUGACCUUCUCUCUAUUCCAGUGGUUCUCAACCUGUGGGUCCCCAGAUACUUUGACCUUCAACUCCCAGAAAUACUAACAGCUGGUAAACUGGCUUGGGUUUCUGGGAGUUGUAGGCCAAAACACCUGGGGACCCACAGGUUGAGAACCACUGCUCUAUUCGGAUACGUUGAUGCUCAAUGCCUACAUUUCCAAUUAAGUCAUUCUCUCCAGAACCAUUUGCUGUUUCUCCUUCUGCACAGUAUGGAUUUCCUCCAUGUGUGAUGAUGGCAGAACUUUGAUAGCAGUCAACGCCACUCGCAAGAGGAUCUUGGAAAUAUCUUUCAUGCUAUAGCAAAGAUAUGUUGAUGCUCAAUGCUCGUAUUUCCAAUUAAGUCAUUCUCUCUAUUCGGAAUCAUUCCUUGCUUCUCCUUCUGUUGUUGUUUAUUUGUUCAGUCGCUUCUGACUCUUUGUGACCUCAUGGACCAUCCCAUGCCAGAGCUCCCUGUCGGCCGUCACCACCCCCAGCUCCUUCAGGGUCAAGGCAGUCACUUCGAGGAUACCAUCCAUCCACCUUCACCACCCCCAGCUCCUUCAGGGUCAAGACAGUCACUUCGAGGAUACCAUCCAUCCAUCUUGCCCUCGGUCAACCCCUCUUCCUUUUUCCUUCCAUUUUCCCCAGCAUCAUUCUCUUCUCCAAGCUUUCCUGUCUUCUCAUGAUGUGGCCAAAGGACUUCCAUCUUUUCCUCUAAUCUCCUUCCUGAAGUAUGGACUGGUUGGAUCUUCUCGCAGUCCAAGGCACUCUCAGAACUUUCCUCCAACACCACAGUUCAAAAGCAUCGAUCUUCCUUCGCUCAACCUUCCCUAUGGUCCAGCUUUCCUUCUACACAGUAUGGAUUUCCUCCACGUGUGAUGAUGGCAGAACCUUGGUAGCAGUCAACGUGACUCGCAAGAGGAUCUUGGAAAUAUCUUUCAUGCUAUAACAAAGAUAUGUUGAUGCUCAAUGCCCAUAUUUCCAAUUAAGUCAUUCUCUCUAUUCAGAACCAUUCGUGGCCUCUCCUUCUACACAGUAUGGAUUUCCUCCACGUGUGAUGAUGGUAGAAUCUUGGUAGCAGUCAACGCCACUUGGAAGAGGAUCUUGGAAAUACAUUUCAUGCUAUAGCAAUGAUAUGUUGAUGCUCAAUGCUCGUAUUUCCAAUUAAGUCAUCCUCUCUAUUCGGAAUCAUUCCUUGCUUCUCCUUCUAUUUGUUCAGUUGCUUCUGACUCUUCAUGACCUCAUGCACAUUCCCAUGUCAGAGCUCCCUGUCGGUCGUCACCACCCUCAGCUCCUUCAGGGUCAAGACAGUCACUUCGAGGAUACCAUCCAUCCAUCUUGCCCUCGGUCAACACCUCUUCCUUUUUCCUUCCAUUUUCUUGGAAAUACAUUUCAUGGAGGAUCUUGGAAAUACAUUUCAUGCUAUAACAAAGAUAUGUUGAUGCUCAAUGCUCAUAUUUCCAGUCUAGUCAUUCUCUAUUUGGAAUCAUUCCUUGCUUCUCCUGCUACACAGCAUGGAUUUCCUCCACGUGUGAUGAUGGCAGAACCUUGAAAGCAGUCAACACCACUCACAAGUAAUGCUGUAGCAAAGUUAUGUUGAUGCUCAAUGCCUGUGAUUCCAACCGAAUCAUCCUCCGUAUUUGGAACCAUUUGUGGCUUUUCCUUCUACACAGUAUGGAUUUCCUCCAUGUGUGAUAAUGGCAGAACCUUGGUAGCAGUCAACGCCACUCGCAAGAGGAUCUUGGAAAUAUCUUUCAUGCUAUAACAAAGAUAUGUUGAUGCCCAAUGCUCGUAUUUCCAGUUUAGUCAUUCUCUAUUUAGAAUCAUUCCUUGCUUCUCCUUCUAUACAGUAUGGAUUUCUUCCACGUGAUGAUGGUAGAACCUUGAAAGAAGUCAAGACCACUCACAAGUAAUGAUAUAGCAAAGUUAUGUUGAUAUACAAUGCCUUAAUUCCUAGUCUGUGUUUCCAAUGACGUCAUUCUUUCUAUUUGGAACCAUUCGUGACCUCUCCUUCUACACAGUAUGGAUUUCCUCCACGUGUGAUGAUGGCAGAACCUUGAUAGCAGUCAACUCAACUCACAAGAGGAUCUUGGAAAUAUCUUUCAUGCUACAGCAAAGAUAUGUUGAUGCUCAAUGCCUGUAUUUCCAAUUGAAUCAUCCUCCGUAUUUGGAACCAUUUGUGGCUUUUCCUUCUACACAGUAUGGAUUUCCUCCAUGUGUGAUAAUGGCAGAAUCUUGGUAGCAGUCAACGCCACUCGCAAGAGGAUCUUGGAAAUAUCUUUCAUGCUAUAACAAAGAUAUGUUGAUGCUCAAUACUCAUAUUUCCAGUUUAGUCAUUCUCAAUUUGGAACCAUCUGUUUCUUCUCCUUCUACACAGCAUGGAUCGCCUCCACGUGUGAUGAUGGUAGAACCUUGAAAGAAGUCAACACCACUCACAAGUAAUGCUGUAGCAAAGUUAUGUUGAUGUUCAAUGCCUUAAUUCCUAGUUUGUGUUUCCAAUUAAGUCAUCCUCUCUAUUUGGAACCAUUCGUGGCCUCUCCUACACAGUAUGGAUUUCCUUCACAUGUGAUGAUGGCAGAACCUUGAUAGCAGUCAACGCCACUCGCAAGAGGAUCUUGGAAAUAUGUUUCAUGCUAAAGCAAAGAUAUGUUGAUGCUCAAUGCUCGUAUUUCCAAUUAAGUCAUUCUCUCUCUUUAUUUAUGGCCUGAUUUUAGAGGUUUUUUUAAAAAUACUAGUAGUCAGAUUUUGUUCAUGUUCAGAGAUUCCUCCUUUCUGUUGAAAAUUUCCACAUGUUUGUGGAUUUCAAUGGCUUCUCUGUGCAGUCUGUGUCCAGGUUGGUUCAUUGAGUUCAUCAACCAGAGAAGUCUGCCGUAGCAGAGCACUUGAUGAACCAACUUGGACACAGAAUAUUAUUUGGGAACACAGAAAUCCUUGACCACCCUGACAACCACCAUGUCAGGCUACACAGAGAAACGUGUGGACAAUUUCAAUAGAAAUAGAAUUUCAGACAGGAAACAAUCAGGGCUGGGGAACACCUCCCAACAAAGGAUUCCCCCAGACACAAAGCGGCCAGGCUUUGAAACAGCAAGGCCAUUCAAUGCUAAUCAAGGUGGCCAAUUGCAACAAGCAGACAAGAGUUCUUUCUCCCACCCUGGACAUUCCACAGAUAUAUAAAUCCCACUUGCCUAACUUCCAACAGACCUCACAACCGCUGAGGAUGCCUGCCAUAGAUGUGGGCGAAGCGUCAGGAGAGAAUGCUUCUGGAACAUGACCAGGCAGCCUGGAAAACUCAUAGCAACCCAGUGAUUCCGGCCAUGAAAGCCUUCGACAACACAUUCAAGAGAAGGACGUUGCCAUCUAAGUCAUUUUGCUCCUGUAAGGCUGCCUUGAAAGUAUAUAAAAUACCAAAGUUGUAAAAAUUCUCAAUAUCAGCCCAUAUUUAUCUUUCUGGUCUUCGAAGGGAAAAAAAAAGUUGCAUAGUAACCGUGCAAACACGGCUUACAAAAAAAUAGGUUGCAUCCUGAAUUGUAUGAUGAUGCAUAGAAGAGUUGUGUUGUUGUGUGCCUUCGA